CUCCGCCCGUCCCGCGCCUGCGCCCUGCGCUGGAGCGCUCAUCCCGCCCCCCUGCCCUGCGGGGCGCAGGCCGCAGCUCGGCCGGCAGCAUGCUGAAUGUGCCGCCGCAGGCUUUCCCUGCGCCCAGCUCCCAACAGCGGGCGGCAGCAGGCGGCCGCGCUAAGGUACCUUUAAAGCCAGGAAGGAGUCUUAUGGAUUGGAUUCGACUAACUAAAAGUGGGAAAGACAUGACUGGUUUAAAAGGGAGACUAAUUGAAGUGACUGAAGAUGAGCUUGCUAAGCACAACAAAAAAGAGGACUGCUGGAUAUGUAUAAGAGGAUUUGUAUAUAAUGUCACACCAUAUAUGGAAUAUCAUCCCGGUGGUGAGGAUGAACUAAUGAAAGCGGCAGGAACUGAUGGUACAGAUCUCUUUGACCAGGUUCAUCGCUGGGUCAAUUAUGAAUCGAUGCUGAAGGAAUGUCUUGUUGGGAGAAUGGCUGUCAAGCCUAUUACUGCCCCAAAAGAGAUUACUUCUGUGUCUGAAGAGAAGAAACAGCUUAAUGGUAUGCUUCCUAAGAAGAAAGUACCGUGUACUUCUUCUAAAGAUUUAACUCCAAGUUAUGACUGGUUCCAAACAGAUAGUUUGAUCACCAUUGCCGUAUAUACUAAGCAGAAGGGUAUGAAUGCAGACUCGGUGAUACUUGACUGUGAAGACAAACGAUUAAGGGGAGAGAUAAUCGUGGAUGACUACUCAUAUCUUUUAGAAGUUGAUUUGAAUCAUGCCGUUCAAGAAGACGUGGCUGUAAAUAUUGCUGAAAAAGUCGGGAAAGUAGAGAUUAUCUUAAAGAAAAAGGAUAACGUUCAUUGGAAAAUUCUGGGACAGCCCUUGGAGAAUCAUAAUACGUUUAUGAAACGUACGGACAGAGGACUGUUCUACAGAAAAUGUAAGCUGGUUUCUAAGACGGAAGUUACCCAUGACACCAAGCUCUUCUGCUUACUGUUGCCUGAGAGCACACAUCUCCGUGUUCCCACUGGACAACAUGUUUACCUCAAACAAAUCAUUGCAGGGACAGAGGUAGUAAAACCAUACACACCUGUAUUGCCUUUUCUGCCACUGGAUUUCCAAGAACCAUCUUGCCAUGAUAGUGCACAUAUAUAUUUAAUGAUUAAAAUUUAUCCCUGUGGACUGUUCACACAGGCCCUUGACCAUCUACAAAUUGGAGACUAUAUUUCUGUCAGCAGUCCUGAAGGUAGCUUCAAGAAGUCACAGGUUCAAACUUCAGAAGAGCUGUUUUUAUUGGCAGCAGGCACAGGCUUCACACCAAUGGUUAAACUGCUGAAUUUUGCUCUGACUGAAGUUAGUUGCCUCCGGACAGUGAAGCUAAUCUUCUUCAACAGAACAGAAGAUGACAUACUUUGGAGAAACCAACUAGAGCAAUUAGCUCUUAAAGAUGAAAGGUUUGAGGUUCAAUUCAUUCUCUCACAACCAGUAAGGGACUGGGUGGGUAAACAGGGGAUGAUUUCUUCAUCUCUUCUCUCUGAGUUUGUGAAAAGAAGCAGAAAAGACUCCAAAGUCCUUAUCUGCAUCUGUGGUCCAACGCCCUUUACAGAACAAGGAGUGCAAUAUUUGAAGGAUCUUGGUUACUCCCAAGAAGAGGUGCACCCUUUCACUGCAUAAUCCCAUAGGAGAAGAUUAAUGUUUGUAUAAUUCAAUGUUAUUUAUUUACCUUCAUGAAUUUAAAUAAGUGAGAAGCAAUUUUGUAAGACUUGAAAUCUCGCUCUUGGUACCAAACUGUUUCUCAGAAGUAAUGUAUCUUUGAAAAAAAUUUAUAAUGUGUUUUAUCUUGGUUUUGUAAAUAUUUUUGCUAAUACUUAAGUCAUCCAGGGUAUUAAUUUAUUAAAGAGGCAAGCAAAAAUGCAUAGUGUACAUUAUGUAAGAUAUUUCAUGGUUUUGGUUCAUGAGAAUUCUUAAAUUUAUUAGAAGCACUGAUUUCAGGUUUGAAUUGAAAAAGAUUAUUAUUUCUUACUGUAAAAGGUCUUAAGAGCAAUACUGUCUGAAAUGAAAUAUUGCACUGUAACUCAGGUGACUGGUCAUUGAAAAAUGUUCUUUUUCAUCUGAUUUCUCUAUUUGACUUGUAAGUGAUCCAGAUACAUUUUUAGCUUUGUAAGCAAAGAAUAGAAGUACCUUUGGUACAUCAAAUAAUAAAAAAAAAUUACAAUUUUACAUCAUGCA